GGAAAAAAACAAACAAACAUGGCAGCGCACAGUGUCUUCAGACCAGGCUUGUUUAACCACAAAGUUGCGAUAGUGACCGGUGGAGCGACUGGCAUUGGGAAAGCAAUAUCUUAUGAGCUUCUGGAACUUGGUUGUAAUGUGGUGAUUUCCAGCAGAAAAGCAGAUAGAUUGGAGACAGCUGCCCAGGAGAUGAGACAAAAAAUUCCAGCUUCCAGCCCAGCAUGCGUUACUCCUCUACCUUGUAACAUCCGCAACGAGGAUGAGGUGAAGGCACUUGUGUCUUCAGUGCUGAAGCAGUUCGGGCGCAUAGACUUUCUGGUAAACAACGGCGGUGGACAAUUCAGCAGUCCAGUAGAACACAUGUCUUCUAAAGGGUGGAAAGCUGUGAUCGACACGAACUUGAAUGGCACUUUUCACUGUUGCAAGGAGGUAUAUACCACAUGGAUGAAACAACAUGGAGGUGUGAUCGUUAACAUCAUUGCAGACAUGUGGAAAGGCUUUCCAGGCAUGGCCCACACAGGUGCAGCUAGGGCAGCGGUGGACAACUUAACAAAGAGUCUGGCAAUCGAGUGGGCCGCCUCCGGUGUGCGGAUCAACGCGGUUGCUCCAGGCACAAUUUUUUCUAAAACGGCAAUGGAGAAUUACAAAGAUCUUGGACCAACGCUUUUCAAGAUGUCUGUUCCAUUUAGUCCGGCAAAGAGACUCGGAUUGCCAGAAGAGAUCUCCUCUGUAGUUUGUUUCCUGCUUUCUCCUGCUGCCACUUACAUCUCUGGAGCCACACUGCGGGUUGAUGCGGGGCAGAGUCUGUACCACUCUAUGUGGGAGAUACCCAAUCAUAAGGCAUGGCCCGAAGGUCCAGAAGGGGAGAACCUGGAUGCGCUGAAGGACCUACUCCACCCUCAAAGCAAGCUUAUGGGAGGUGACCAUGGCCCCAGCAAGUUGUCCAUGCCUGACUGGCGGCAGUGGAAGACGGAGGGAACUCCCUUGGAGUUUACACAGCAGAGGUUGGCAGCCAGGGGCCUCAAAGACCCAUGGGCCCGUAACGAAGCAUGGAGGUACGCUGGUGGCUUUGCUCGUGCUGUGACUCUCUCCGAUGUCCUGCUGAGGGGAUUCAAGUGGGGCUUUGCUGCCUUUACUGUUGCACUGGCUGUUGAGUAUGCCUUCUUCCCACCAAAGAAGGGUUCCCACUAAUGCACAGUGGUUUCCACUCUUGUACCAGUUAAAAUGUUAUUUGAUCCUAAUGCUAUUCUGAAUUUACAUUCAUUAAAUAUCUCUAUUAUCAUUCA